AAGAAUAAAGUACCCCAGAUGAUGAACCAAAAGUGUUGCAGCAACAAGAUCUUAGUCAUUAUGGAAACCUCAAUUUAUUUAUUUUUUGCAUAAAGGGCUUCUAAGGCAGUUUGUUGCGUUUAUAAAAGCAGCCUUAAACUUGGCUUGGGAUCCAUCAGGACAAAGUGAAGUUGACGCUGGAAACCUCCAUAGGCACAAUUGACAAGUUCACUUAGUGACUUUUAAAGUUACAAUGGCACUGAGAAGUGUCCUGUGAUCAUUUUUUCCACACUUAACUGUUCCAGCAUCCUGUCAGCACUACAGUAAAUGCAGCUUGAACGCAAUUUAUUUGAGACGACCUCGAAACUUGACACAUCCCAUGGUCAUGUGAUCAAAAUUCAGCUGCUUGACAACUGACUCAUAUUUAUGACAGUUGCAGUUUCCUAGGGUCACGUUAAUCACCUUUUGUGACAGGCGAAGUCAAUGGGGAAGCCAGAUUCACUGAAGAACUGUUACUAACUGCAGUCACUUAACAAGUAUGGCAAGUUGUGAAAUGGGGCAAAACUCAAGUGUCACCUAGCAACAGAAAUUUUGGGCUUGGCUGUAGUUGUAAGUUGAGGACUACCUGUAAUUGAGUGUCAUGUCAACCUAAUUGGGGCUGUGUUCUCCAAGCCAGGAUUACAAUGCCCAUUAGCCCCAACUAGCUGGCCAUGAUAUAAUGCAAUACAGUGGUGGUGUACAGGGGCCAAAACUUGUGCAACUUCUUUGGGGAUGACAUAAUUUAGACGGUGUCCAGCUGAAGAACCCCCCCCUACGCUUAACCUCAUUUUAGAUUUUUCUCAUUGCUUGGUAAGUAAUCCAAGGCGACCAUCAUGUUUAAUGAUCCCUAUUUUCCCCACAACAAUCCUGCAAGGUGGGCUGGGCUGGUUUUCCUGCCUGAAGAACUAGAACUCUCACCCUCCUGCUUUCUAAGGCAGCACCUGAACCACAAACUGGCUCUAAAAUGAACCAUCCUGCACCCAACCCGGGCAAAGAGAACCCGCGUUGGGGUAUCCAAGCGGCCAGUCGGGGGAAAAAAAGCUCCUUUCAUGCCCCGGGUUGGGUCGAUGCAGAGGGGCCAAGGCGGCUUCGACCCUCCCUCGCUGCUUUAUAGGGGAACUGGCGGCGGAGACUCGCCGCCUUCCGAAGCCGCAGCGAGGAGGAAGGAGGCGAGGCCUCCGCCGCCUCUCUUCCACUCUCGCCCGAGGAGCGGGUCUUUUCGAGGCAGCGGCAGCAGCGAUAGUUCAUGGCCGAGAGGAACAGCUCGGGACCCGGCAGCCGGGAAGCCAGCGAGCCGAGGAAGGGCUCGAAGACUGAGCUGAAGGCGGUGGUAGUGGGCGACGGAGGCUGCGGGAAGACUUCGCUCCUUUUGGUGCACGCCAAAGGCGCUUUUCCCGAGCAAUAUGCCCCUUCGGUCUUUGAAAAAUACACAACCAAUGUCAUUGUGGGGAAAAAAGAAGUCAUCUUACAUUUGUAUGAUACUGCAGGACAAGAGGAUUACGAUCGCUUACGGCCACUCUCGUACCAAAGCACUCAUGUGGUUUUGAUUUGCUAUGAUGUCAUGAAUCCUUUUAGCUUUGAUAAUGUAUUAAUUAAGUGGAUCCAGGAAGUCAACCACUUCUGCCGCGGAAUCCCCAUCCUCUUGGUGGGUUGUAAAACUGAUCUCCGGAAAGAUAAAGAACACCUCAAAAAACUCCGUUCUGCUCAACAGGAACCGAUCACUUACAAGCAGGGUGAAGAAGCUUGUUGCAAGAUCGGUGCCAGCGUGUACCUUGAGUGUUCAGCCAAGUUUCGGGAAAACAUUGAACCCAUUUUCAGAGAAGCGGCUAGCAUAGCUUUGAGCGCCAUCAAGAAGGCCAAACGCCAGAACAAAUCAAGACCUUGCGUCCUCUUAUGACGACAUGAAACUGGACAGAGGAAGACAGCUGAUAUCCAAGGAAGCAUUUGUAGGUUUCUAUCUGGACUUGAAAAGGGACUUUUCAUUUGGAUUGUAACAGGAGGAGAAACUUGUUCUGUAUUAAUUUCUGCUUUUGCAUCCAGUGGCGAGAGGUUUCACUAGGAAGCAGAACUUCCUUUCCCAGGUCUUUUUUUAUUUCUAGAUGAUCACUUUGCUACUUGCCAUUUUUUUUAAAAAAAUAACAAUUAAAAAAAGCCUCUUACAUCAUAGCAGUAUUACCUAAAUGAAGGAAGUGGUCCUUUCCAAUAAACUUUACAAGGUGCACGCCGGAGUUGCAUAACAUACCUAAAGGCUGAACCAUAGAGUUUCCUCUAUUUUUGAUUUAAUGCAAUAUUUCUCAACCGUGGCAGUGUGAAGAUCUGUGGACUUCAACUCCCAGAAUUCCCCAGUCAGCCCUCUGGGAGUUGAAGUCUCCACAUCUUCAUGUUGCCAUGGUUGAGAAAUGCUGAUUUAAUGCACCGUUUCCAUGUGUCACGCUAUAGCUUGCAGACUGUGGUUUAUGACUUAAGGUUGCCAUUAACUUCGCCGAGUGUGCUUUUUCAGCUACCUUUAGUUAAAAUAAACCAUCAUUCAGUAUGAUGUAUGAAUGUAACAUCAUCCUUCCUUUUGUAGUAAGCGAGAUAAAAAUAGACAGUCCAAUGGGUUAGUAGUUAAAAUAUAGUAUGGCUGAGAUUUGUUACUUAGGUAUAGUAAACCCCAAUUCAAUUGGGAGAUUCAACCAGAAAUGACUCACAAUUUUCCCUGCUUUUUGUGCCUAUAUAGAUUUCUUUACUAUUUCAUAAGGAAUAGCUACCUCGAAAUAUGCCUUUAUAGCUGGUGCUAUGACUUUAAACUAUUUCUAGUUGACAGUUAGAUUCUUUAUGCCAAUUCUCCAUGUUUCUGUCUUUGUAUUGCUCUGAACUGUAUUUUAAAAUAUUUUUUUUAAUUUUAAUAGAAAAAUCAAAACCUUCACCGAAAGGAUAAAUAUUUGUACUAAUGGAGAA